AUGAUUAGCCAACCUGGAAAGACGCCACAACGGCAUGGGCCGCACACAAGUGAGAGUUACGAGGAGAAAUGCGAGCGGCGGCAGGAAACACGCGAGAACCUGAGGAGGCGAAAUAACGUGACCACGUGCCGGCGCCUCGGAAAACGUGAUAAAAAGGAAGCAGAGCAGCAGUCCCAGAGCCCCCGUCAGAGAGAGUUCCUGAGAAGGAGAAACCUAGUGACCGAAGAAAGAAACAAACCAAGGAAGCCUCUCCCUGGAGCACCAGCUCCACCGGGACAAGGGAUCGAGACGCACGUCCCCUGGGAGCCCUCCUCAGGGCCAGAUCCAGAGUCCCCGGCUCCACUGAAGCCCGCAUGGAGCCAGAGUGCAUUUGCAGACCCACUCCGCCAGCCCAGGCUCAGGCCCAGCAGCCUUCGUUCCCAUGCCGUUCCCAUGGGACACACGUCCGGCAAAGGCCCCUGCACAGACACUCAAGGAACUCAGACACUUACAAGUUCAAGUACGAAGCUGCAAGACUCAAGCCAGCAGACAGACUGUGGAACAGCAGUUUUAAACAAGGAAAUAGUGCAACUUUCCAACUACCUGAAAGAGGCACUGCAUCGGGAGCUGUUGCUGAAGCAGAAGAUGGUGAUUUUGCAAGAGCUUUUCUCCACGCUGCUGCGAGCAUCAGAAAAGUCCUGGCAGGGACAGCUAAAUGAAGAUAAACUGAAGUGUAAACUCAGGGCACUUGAAAACCAACUGCAAGCCUGCACCCAGAGCUACUCCAAAGAGUGUGUGAAGAAGAUCCUCAUAGAGAUGGAGGACCAAAAGCAGACCUAUGAGCAGAAGGCAAAAGAGGCUCUUCAGAAAAUGCUUGAGGACAAACUCCAAGCAGAAGAGCAGCUGCAGAACUCUCAGAGAUCCCUGGCAGUCACAAAAGAAGACUGUGCCCUAUGGAAAGGCAACUACGAUGUGCUAAAGGCUGAAUGGACCGAGAUGAACAAGGCACACACUGACCUCAGGAACAACCUCCAUGUUUUGCAAAGCAAACUGCAACGUGCAAACACCCAGAACAAGCAGCUCCAACAGGCCCUGGGCAACCUGGAAAAUGAACACACAGAACUGUGCAUCAGAAUCAGCGCCUUGCAGGAGGACAACCAGCUUAAAGCAGAACGCAUCAGUGCAAUAGAAGAUCAGGUUCUCACCACACAGACCCCACCUCUCACUCCUGCCACAGAAAAACAAAAUGCUCUAUUAGAGCAGCAAGAAAAAGAGGAAGAAAGUCUGAAGAAUGAGAUGCAGAAAAGGACAUCCCAGCUUACAGCAAAGGAGAACGAGUGCACAGAGCUGCGCCUGGAGCUGGAGGCCCUCAGCGACGAGUACCGCUCCUGCCUGACCAAGCUACGCCAGUGCCGAGAUGAACUGAAUCAAUGCCACAGCAAACAGGCAAAAAGACAGCCUGGGAGCUGGAUCCCUCUCUUGGUAGUGGUAGUAGCAAUGGCCAUGGCAGCUUUCCUAGCAAAUUAUGCACCAUAAAGAGCCUUUACCACUACCUCACUUCAGGAACUGACUUCUGCUUUAAACACAACAGCAACA